CCGGCGGCGCGGUGGGUGGCGGCGUUUCCUAGCAGCGGGCGCCGCCAUGGCGCCGCGGCGCGGCUGGCCGCUGGGCUACGCGCUGCUGUGCGGGCAGCUGGCGCUGCUGGCGAACCUGCUGCUGCUGCACGGCGCGGCGCGCGGCGCCCGCAACGGCUCCGCGCCCCACGGGCCCGGCCCGGCGCCGCCCGCCGCCUCCUGGGCCUACAGCGACCCGCGGGCGCCGCUCGUCCUCUGCACGUACCUCCCCGAGGAGUUCGUGGAGUGCGAGGAGCCGGUGGACCACGGCGGGAACGCCACGGCGCAGCAGGAGCUGGGCCACGGCUGCGUGAAGUUCGGCGGCCAGGCCUACGGCGAGGUGGAGCACACGCGGGUGCAGUGCCGGGCGCUGGACGGCAUCGAGUGCGCCGAGCCGCGGAGCUUCCUGCGGGGCAGCCGGCCCUGCGUCAAGUACACGGGGCAUUAUUUCAUCACCACGCUGCUCUACUCCUUCUUCCUGGGCUGCUUCGGCGUGGAUCGGUUCUGCCUGGGCCACACGGGCACGGCCGUGGGGAAGCUGCUGACCCUGGGAGGGCUGGGGAUCUGGUGGUUUGUGGAUCUGAUCCUGCUCAUCACCGGCGGGCUGAUGCCCAGCGACGGCAGCAACUGGUGCACCGUGUACUGAGGACGCGGUGACCGACCGCAGCGGGCGCGUCUCUGCGGGGCCGGACGGGCUCCGGUCCCACCGCAUGGGACGGACUCUGCCUCGCGCAAACGCGGAUUGACAAAGCUUAGUGCGCAGAACAAUUGUUCUUGUUGAUGCCUCUGUACAAAUCUCGGACACAAAAUUGUUCAGGGUAUAUUUUGCUUGUUUAAGAUAACCUGGAUUCCUCUCCAGGGGGUAACAGGUUAAGAAAUCAGACCUUGCAAACACAGGUGCUCAAACGAAUCUUAAUAAAGCCUGGAAGGAGCUGA